AUGGUUGAGCAAGUUCGGCAGGAGCGGGUCGCCAUGAACCACGUAUUCCCACCGCCGAGGAUGAGCCACAUCGGUGGUUCCACCGCCAGCCAAUUGGGGAGGAGGUACCUCCCCAGUGUGUUCGGCCCUUCGGUUCCUCCUACCGGCCAGUCAUCGGCGUCUGCCAUGGUCGGUCGUCCUGACAUGCAGGGCGGCACCUUCACAUCUGGACAGGCUGAAAUGGAGUCAACCAUUGCCGGUUCUUCAUCUGUUCCUGGUCAAGCUGGUGCAGAUGUUUCAUCUUCUUCACCUGUUUCUGCUGCGCGCUCCCUGCCCUAA